GUUCUCUGCGACAAACAUGGCAAUGCUGUUUGGCUUAACGAACGUGAAUGCUCAAUUCAACGAAGAAACCAAAAGGUUAUUGAAGAGGCUCCCUCGUCAUUUGUUGAUCCAGAAAUGCGAAAGAGGAUGGGUGCUCAAGCAACUCAACUCGCUUUGGCUGUCGGUUACGAUUCGGCUGGUACCGUUGAAUUUUUGGUUGACUCAAAGAAGAACUUCUACUUCUUGGAAAUGAACACUCGACUUCAGGUAGAGCAUCCAAUCACUGAAGCGAUCACAGGACUUGAUAUCGUACAGCAAAUGCUUCGCGUUUCAUACGGUCAUCCGUUGAACUUCAAGCAAAGUGAUGUCGGAAUCCGUGGUUGGGCCUUUGAAUGCCGUGUUUACGCCGAGGAUCCAUACAAAGGAUUCGGUUUACCAUCCGUUGGACGACUCACCAAAUAUGAAGAACCACUGAAGAUCGAAGGUGUACGAUGUGAUUCUGGUAUCAGAGAAGGAUCUGAAAUUUCAAUCUACUACGAUCCUUUGAUUUGCAAGCUGGUCACUCACGGCAAAGAUCGUCAAAUUGCUCUCGAUCGCAUGCGUGACGCUCUUGAUAACUACGUUAUUCGCGGUGUAAGUUUGUGCCAUUAUUUGAGCGCGUAA